AUGCAGCAGUCUGGCCAGUACGGAAAAAUGUACUAUGGCACAGUUCGACCUUUUCUGGAUUUCCAUCCGGAUCAAGAUGCCGAAGCUCUUCACAAAGCCAUGAAGGGACUGGGAUGUAACGAUAAAGCCGUCGUAGAUAUCAUUUGCCGUCGAAACAAUGCCCAGCGUCAGCAGAUAAGAAACACGUUCAAAUCCUUUUUCGGAAAAGAUUUGCUUGAGUCGUUGAAAAAUGAACUGCAUGGUGACCUGGAGGAUGCGAUUCUUGCACUGAUGCUCACACCGGCCGAAUACGAUGCUGUCGAACUGUUCCGUUCGAUGGAUGGUAUCGGCACGAACGAAUUGGUGCUCAUCGAAAUACUAACAACAAGAACGAACAGCCAAAUAAUUGAAAUAAAGCAGAAAUAUCGAGAAAUGUAUGGCAAAGAUUUGGAGAAAUGUCUGCGUUCAGAAACCUCCGGUCAUUUCAGACAGCUGCUUGUUGCGUUGUCAGUGGCUGCCCGAGACGAAUCGACUACUGUUGAUCCUGUGCGAGCAGCCGCCGAUGCUCAGGCACUUUAUGCAGCGGGUGCGAAAAGACUAGGCACCGAAGAAUCAGUGUUCAUUCGAAUUAUUGGCUCUCAGAAUCCAUACCAGCUUAACGCCGUUUUCGCUGAGUACCAAAAGAUUUGUGGCAAAAGUAUAGAAUAUUCGAUCAAACAGGAAUUCAGUGGCGACAUUGAACUGGCGCUCUUGACUUUAGGUUUGGAUUUCUUGUUAAUAAUCGUUUCAAAAAUCGUUUACUCGUCAUUUGGGUACGGUUUUGUGACAAAGGUAGUGUCACCGAAGUCAUGUAAUUUACAUUCCUCGAUACUGUGGUCAGUAACUAUUAAUUAUGAUCAGAACUUGAACAGUAGAAUUUUGGAUUGAGC